AUGUCGAAUUUAACAGAAAAGCAGCGAGGAUUUCACUUGCAGAAAAUGCGAACUCGAUAUUACAGGUUAGAUUUGAAUAACGAUGGCUUCAUAUCUCGCGAGGACUUCGAGAUCAUUGCCACGAAAUUGCAAGAAUAUAGUAAGCUGGACAAAGAAAAAUCUGAACAGAUACGUAACGCGUUCAGAUUUGUUGCUGAAACAGCAGGUCUUAAACCUGGAGUGAAGAUCCCUAUAGAAGAAGCGGCCAAGAUAGCAAACAAAGAAUACCUUUCCAUGACACCCGAACAACAGCAGGCUACCGUAAAAAUGCUCGGCCCGGUCUUUGAAGCCUUGGAUUUCAACAACGAUGGCCACAUUUCCCGAGAAGAGUUCAAAUGGUACUUUCAAACACUUGCACCCGAUCUUUCUGAUGCGGAUGUGACUCACUCCUUCAACGUGAUUGAUUCGAAUAAGAAUGGCGAAAUUAGUCGGGAAGAGUUCUUCGCUGCUGCUUUCGACUUUUACUACGGGGUCGAAGAAACAGAAAUUUCCAAAGUAUUCUUUGGACCUUUAAUGUCGUAA